AUGUCUCGAGUUGUCGGGUAUGCUUCGGAUGACGACCAUCUCUGUUUCAUCCAUCGUUUUGUUGAACAUGUUGCUGGGGACUUCGAACAGGGUUCCCAUGGCUCGGAAAUGCCACCCACUGGCUCCUCCUACCUUAACGACGCGUUCAAGGCCUUCGAAUGUAAGCUUUCUGAUGAAUCGUCCGAUAACUUCCAAAUAGAUGCAUCAGCUACAUUAUUAGAAAAUCAUCAGAGGAUUAUCCGACUGUUAGAUUCUCACGUCAAACACGGUCAACAGAGCGAGGUUUCAGUUCUCGCAACAGAUCACCUGCCAGUCAGCCGGGGCCUCGAAAGCCCUUUUCCAUCGUCAGAGAAGGAGAAAUUUGUUCAUGAUUCGGACGCCUAUCGGUGA